AUGACUCGCGACAGUUGGAGGCUCAGGUCGAAUUUUCAUUUCGAGAUUUCGCGCAGGAUCUACGUGGUCGUGGACGAGCCCAUCCUCGACAGGUCUUCGUCCAGGAGUAAAUCUUCGACAGGAAAAAGUGACGAUUCGGUGGAAAUUAUUAGCGCGGAAGAUAAUGAAUCGGAUGCGAAAUUCGAUUUCACGGAGAAGGAUGUCUCGUCGUUAUUGGUGCUGUCCGAUAUCGAGAUACUGCAGUGCGCUUUGUCUAUCUUGCGAGAGUACGACGACGACCCUGGCGCCCCUUUCCGUUACCUAUUUGCGAAAACACCCCCUUUGUACGGCCGAGAAUUGAAGGACACCGACAGACAGAUGAAGAUUUUGAUGAAGGGUUUCCCGCAAGCCAAAGAGAAGCCUUUUCACGAACCGUUCCCGGAAGUGAGGGAUAUCCGCUCGCAGAGCGCCAGCAAAGGUUCGCGAAGAGGGAAGAAGUGA